GCCUGGAGGGAGGUGAGGAGGGGGGCGAACUGAAUAAUUGAGGAGCUGUUCAGCAGCAGCGGCUGCCUCCUGCCUUCCUUUGCCUCCACCACUCCGCAUCAUAGUGGGAGAGAGAAUCUGGCGCGGUUAAGUGCAGACGGCUAGCCACCAGUCGCUGCAGCUAGUUCAUCGCCUCCAGCUCUCCGACAUUCAUGCCCAGAAGAAGACUGCUUUGGGUCCCUCUGGACCUUUCCUAAAAAGAAGAUCCCUAUUCACUAAAUGAGCUCCAGAAGCACCCACUAAGGCUUCCACAGCUCUCUUCCAUCAGUUGACCUUCACCGUAACCCCUCUCACGCAGGAUGAGUGGCUUCCUUGCCUCCCUGGACCCCCGGCGGGUGCAGUGGGGGGCCGCCUGGUAUGCCAUGCACUCCAGGAUCCUGCGCACCAAACCAGUGGAGUCCAUGCUGGAGGGAACUGGGGCCACCACAACCCACGGCACCAAGCUAGCCAAGGUGCUCACCACCAUGGACCUCAUCUCCCUUGGUGUUGGCAGCUGCGUGGGCACAGGGAUGUACGUGGUGUCUGGUCUGGUGGCCAAGGAGAUGGCAGGACCCGGUGUCAUUGUGUCCUUCAUCAUUGCAGCCGUUGCAUCCAUACUAUCAGGUGUCUGCUAUGCAGAGUUUGGAGUCCGUGUUCCGAAGACAACGGGGUCAGCCUACACCUACAGCUACGUCACUGUCGGGGAAUUCGUGGCAUUUUUCAUUGGUUGGAACCUGAUCCUGGAGUACCUGAUUGGCACUGCAGCCGGUGCCAGUGCUCUUAGCAGCAUGUUUGACUCGUUGGCAAACCACACCAUCAGCCGCUGGAUGGUGCAGAGCGUGGGAACCCUCAACGGCCUAGGGAAAGGUGAGGAAUCAUACCCUGACCUUCUGGCUCUGGUGAUUGCUGUUAUUGUCACUGUCAUAGUUGCACUGGGGGUGAAGAAUUCCGUGGGCUUCAACAACGUCCUCAACGUGCUGAAUCUGGCCGUGUGGGCGUUCAUCAUGAUUGCAGGCCUCUUCUUCAUCAAUGGGAAAUACUGGGCUGAGGGCCAGUUUUUGCCCCACGGCUGGUCAGGGGUGCUGCAAGGAGCAGCCACGUGCUUCUAUGCUUUCAUUGGCUUUGACAUCAUUGCCACCACCGGAGAAGAAGCUAAGAAUCCCAACACGUCCAUCCCGUAUGCCAUCACCGCCUCUCUGGUCAUCUGCCUGACAGCAUAUGUAUCUGUGAGCAUAAUCCUAACUCUGAUGGUGCCAUUCUACGCCAUUGACACGGAAUCUCCACUCAUGGAGAUGUUUGUGGCUCAUGGGUUCUAUGCUGCAAAAUUCGUAGUAGCCAUUGGGUCAGUGGCAGGACUGACAGUCAGUUUGCUGGGCUCUCUCUUCCCAAUGCCAAGGGUCAUUUAUGCCAUGGCUGGUGAUGGGCUCCUUUUCAGGUUCCUGGCUCAUGUAAGCACCUACACAGAGACACCAGUGGUGGCCUGCAUUGUAUCAGGGUUCCUGGCAGCUCUCCUCUCAUUAUUAGUCAGUCUGAAAGACCUAAUAGAGAUGAUGUCCAUCGGCACGCUCCUUGCCUACACCUUGGUCUCUGUCUGCGUCUUGCUCCUUCGAUACCAACCAGAGAGUGACAUUGAUGGUUUUGUCAAGUUCUUGUCCCAGGAGCACACAAAGAAGAAGGAGGGCAUCCUGGCUGACUGUGAGAAGGAAGUUUGUUCUCCUGUGAGUGAAGGGGAAGAGUUUUCUGGCCCAGCCACCAACACAUGCGGAGCCAAGAACCUACCAUCCCUUGGAGACAAUGAGAUGCUCAUAGGCAAAUCAGACAAGUCAACCUACAAUGUGAACCAUCCCAACUAUGGCACUGUGGACAUGACCACAGGCAUAGAAGCCGACGAAUCUGAAAACAUUUAUCUCAUCAAGUUAAAGAAGCUGAUUGGGCCCCGUUACUACACCAUGAGGAUCCGGCUGGGCCUUCCAGGCAAAAUGGACAGGCCCACAGCGGCUACAGGGCACACGGUGACCAUCUGCGUGAUCCUGCUCUUCAUCCUCAUGUUCAUCUUCUGCUCCUUCAUCAUCUUUGGUUCUGACUACAUCUCAGAGCAGAGCUGGUGGGCCAUCCUUCUGGUUGUUCUGAUGGUGCUGCUGAUCAGCGCCUUGGUGUUCGUGAUCCUGCAGCAGCCAGAGAACCCCAAAAAGCUACCCUACAUGGCUCCCUGCCUCCCCUUCGUGCCUGCCUUUGCCAUGCUGGUGAACAUUUAUCUCAUGCUAAAGCUCUCCACCAUCACAUGGAUCCGGUUUGCAGUCUGGUGCUUUGUGGGCAUGCUCAUUUAUUUUGGGUACGGGAUCUGGAACAGCACCCUGGAAAUCAGCGCUCGAGAAGAAGCCUUACACCAAAGCACAUACCAGCGCUACGACGUCGACGACCCUUUCUCAGUGGAGGAGGGUUUCUCCUACGCCACCGAAGGCGAGAGCCAGGAGAACUGGGGCGGGCCGACCGAGGACAAAGGCUUCUAUUACCAACAGAUGUCAGAUGCUAAGGCAAACACCCGGACAAGUAGCAAAGCGAAGAGCAAAAGCAAACACAAACAGAACUCAGAGGCCCUAAUUGCAAAUGAUGAGUUAGAUUACUCUCCAGAGUAGGAGUAAACACACAAGAAAUGUGUAGAAACGAUGGUGAUUUCUUUUCAGUAACUUAACUUAUGGGCUAGAGGGUGAAAACAUUUUUUGGCUCUCAUUUCAAAAAUCCAGCCUUCCCCUGGAGUCAGCCCCCAGUCAUAGCCUGUUAUUUGCUCCUUUUGCUCCUCAGAAUAGUUCUGUUGAAGGGUUUAACUCGGGUUUCAUCACUGAUCCCAUUGUGGGAAAAAGAGGCUACAAGAAAUUUGAUCUUAGGUGCAACCAUCAGAGCGGAUGGCAGCAAAUGGUUCCUAGCCCUUUGCUUUGCUGGUUGAAUCCUUCUGCUUCUUACUGAGACCCCAGAAGCAAGGGGCUAACUUCUUGGGCCACACCAAGGCCACAGCUCCUCCUGGAGAUGUGCCAAAGCAGGUGGGUGUGGGCACAGGGCGGCUUUUUAGCCACCGGGAUCACAAGGUCAAAGAUCCUCUCAGCCCUGACUGUCUUCAAGCUGCUCCCCAGGGGGUGGGCAGGUGGACACUGGCACUUUCUCAGCCAGCAACACUUUGUCCUCAGAUCUCACAAAAAUGAAUUCAUGGGAGAAGACAUAUGCUUCUUUUUAUUCCCCAAUGUUCUCACAGUCCCCAAACUUCAGGAACCGGCAAAGGUUAGGGACUCUGAGACUAUUUCCCCAGAGGUUUCAGAUUUACCAUAAAGCAGUCAUGCAGACCCAACAACAUGGUAAGAAGCCCCAUCAAAGGCCUACUUACAUGCCCAGGAAAAAAAUAAAUAAGCAUCUCCUGCAGCAAAGGCCAAAAGGGCAUUGGCAGAAAUUAACUCUCUGUCAUACCUUUUCUUUUACCACUCUCUAAGCUCCUGCUGAUAUAAUGAAAGAGGGCAACAUUGGAGCAUGACUUCAUGACACUAAUAUGCCUUGAAGAAGUAGGCCGUUUGUUUUAUAAUCAGAUAAAAAUCUUUACAAGGAGAAGUGACCCAGCCACUGAGAUCGCAUUGCAAAUUCUACUUCAGAUUUCCAAAGUUAUAAAUUGUGCAGUUUGUGGAGAUUUGCAACCAGUUGAUUGGUGGGGGCUCCUCUGAAAACAGAGAUUUGGAAACACAGCUAGUUAGGUAAUCGCAUGCCGAGAGAAAACAUUUCACUUCUGAAUCUUAUUCUUCUGGAGGAGCUCCCCUUUAGACAUGUAUUUUGUCUGCUAUUUCCCAGAGCAGGAUUUACUGAAGCCCAGAGAAAUGCCUACCCUCUGUUCUAAAUUGGGCCAUGAAAGGGGCUCCUAAAGGAAUUUUCUCAGAAAUAACCUAGAUGAGAGAACGUGCCGCACGAAAAAGCACAUGGCCUCUAAUCUCUCCUCUUGGGUUCCAGAAAUUCCAACGGCUGCACUGGGAUUUGCACGCAGAAACAGGAAGGCACAGUUUCAGUCAAGCUAAAAUUUUGUGGAAGUUUCCUGAAAGGGGAGGAAAUAGCAAAUUUCGUGCCCUCUGUCUCCAGGUUCUAGCAUUAUGCCAAGAGUUUUCCAGAACACAUCGACUAAUGUGAGGUCUAUUCUUUCUUCAAUGUUGAGGUUCCUGCCAUCUUGGCAUGCUUUAGGAUUUUGGAGAUGAAGCAAAUUCCAUUUUUUCAUUCAGUGAAUGCUGAAUGAGAAAGUACCAAGAGCUCAGCGAUGAGAAGGGAAAGAAGUGUAACAUUGUGCCCUUGGGGCUCCCUGUUCAGGGAACGCGCAGCUCUGGUGCCUGACAAACGCAGAUUGAAACUACCAAGCCUGAUGCAUCUUCAUGGAUGCCGCAUUGAGCUUAAAAUA